UAUAUAAACUGCCUGACGUAAACGUUGUCAUUACAUUUUUCAGUUUUGGGUUCUUAAUCUAUGAUAUUUCGUAGGUAUAUUUUGUGUUAGAUGCGUCCAUAUUACUCUGUUAGUUAAAAUUUAUCAAACAUAGAAACCUGUAUGUACAUAUAUUUACAUUAAAUAGGAAAAGGAUACAGAACUUCUUAUAUAAGCGGAUUCCAUACAUUUACUUUUUUCACCUGAGUACACUGGUAAUUAAGCGAAACCAUAACAGAUGUUUUUUUUAAAUAUUUAUCUUUGAUACAAAGUCAAAGGCGAUAUAUAUAUGUAAACAGAUAUGUUUAUUCCAAGCAUAUGACGAGUUUAACUGGUAAUGAAUUCGUAUUGAAAAUACACGAAUCAAUUAAUUGAUAUUGCUUAAAAAAGGAAGAAUAGAAUGAAAAUACUUGUGACUGGCGGCGCAGGAUAUAUCGGUUCAACAUUAGUACCUAUGCUAUUAGAAAAAGGGCACGAGGUAACGGUUUUGGAUACAUUAUGUUGGGGAGUCAAUUCAUUAAUGCACGUCGCAAAUGACACUAACCUAAGAAUAGUACAGGGUGACGUGAUCGAUCGAAAACUUGUUGCUGAAGUGAUGAUUGGUCAGGACGCAAUAAUUCAUCUUGCAGCAAUAGUUGGGUAUCCUGCUUGUGAUUCUAACCCAGAGUCUGCAUUAGCAACAAAUAUAUCUGGAACAAAAAAUAUCGCGGAUUCGAAAUCAACUAAUCAACUCCUGAUAUUCGCUAGUACAGGAUCUUGUUACGGUGCUGUUGAUGGUAUUUGCACAGAAGACACACGCCUUCAACCACUGUCAUUGUAUGGGAAAAGUAAAGUAGAAGGAGAAAAGAUUGUUCGUUCUGUAGGAGGCAUCAUUCUUAGAUUUGCAACACUGUUUGGCUUAUCACCAAGAAUGAGACUGGAUCUUUUAAUUAAUGAUCUGACGUUUAAAGCAUUAAAUUGCAAAAAUAUCAAAUUAUAUGAAGGCGGCUUCAGGAGGACAUUUCUUCAUGUCAAAGAUGCUGCUCUGGCAUUUAUUUUUGCACUUGAAAAUGCUAAGAUUAUGUCUAGGCAAGCUUAUAACAUCGGCGAUGAGAAACUAAACAUGACGAAAUUACAAGUUGUGGAAAUUAUACAGGAUAUAUUACCAGACUGUCUCGUUACACCUGUCUAUUCAGAAUCUGAUAAUGAUAAAAGGGAUUAUGAGGUUUCAUAUGGAAAGAUCUUUGAAUUAGGUUAUCAGCAUACAAUAUCGAUUGAACAGGGAAUAAGAGAAAUGCUUAAAGUGUUUCCAUUUAUAUCUAUUGGGGAAAACAUAAAGUAUUUUAACGUUUAAAUUAUCAAAAAUUCAAGUUUCCAAUUUCAUGUAUAUAUUGACUCAUAAAGCAAUAAAUCCGUAAGAUACAAGGCCUUUUGUUUAGUUCCACCUAAAUUGGGCAUUUGCAAACCUCUAGACCAACAUUAGAAUAGAAAAAGUGGAGAACCUAAAAGUCACAAAUUAGUUUAACCACGAAUGGCUCAUUAGUGUGCUCAUGAUUUAAAACACAUUUAUGAGCCAUUCGCGACAAAAGUAGUUUGUGACUUUUUAUUAAAAUUCAAGAAUAUCUAAGCGAGCUUGUGAAGUCAUUUUAUAAGUUACCUAUUUAAUAAUCCUAAUCCAAUUAAGUAGUAUAAAAAUGUAACGCAACCGGUUUCACCCCGUUUACGGGAUCUUCAGUAAUAAUACUGUAUUGUUGACGUAAGUAACGUCGCUUGGUAACGACGUCAUUUUAUUGCAAUAAGGAACGUUAGAAGUUUUUUAAGGGACGUCAGUAUGUAUUUAUUAAACUGUUGUGUUUUUUGCAUUUAAUUCUGGAAAAAAAGUAUGAAUUAAUAAAAUUUCUUUUCUCCUUCUUUUAAGUCUGUCUGUUUCUUGUAAUUUAUAAAUUGGCAUUAUUUAAAAAAAAAAAAAAACUAAAUCUUUGAUCAUUCUGCAAUGUGACGUGUGACUGGUAGAAGAGCGUUUUCCGGAUUCCUUAUAUUGCUGAUUAUGAAAUGUUACUCGAUUUCGUAAAUUAGAUGUUUCUCCAAUAUUUGUCUUUUGAACAUCCGGAACAUUUCAUUGCAUAUAUGACAUUUUGUAUUUCAAAUGAACCGGAAUACUUAAUAUUGAAUUGUCGACCAUUUCUGAAAUGGUACUUAUUCCCUUCUAUCAGAAAUAUUUACACAGUCCACAUUUUUUCCACACUGCUUUACUUCUGGAUUCCUUCUUGAUUUUGUAAAUGAUGCUCUUGUCAGUAGUUUCUUCAAGUUGGCCGGUUGUCUCUUGCUUUUAAUGGUUUUAUUUUGUGAAAUGAUUUCUUUCAUUUUAGCAUCGGCAUAUAAUAUUGGUAGAUUUUCUUUUAUUAUGUUAAAAAAAUCCAUUAUUUUUUCGGAGUGUGUGUUGAUACAUAAAGUAUUAUUUUUUCAUUUUCUUUUUCUUUGGUCUCUUUCAAUUCUUCUUGAUCAAUUAAUAAUGCUCUUUGUAUUCCAUUUACAAUUACUUUCAGAGAAUAUCUUUGAAAAUGCCAGGAAUUCGUUCAGUUCCAUUAAUCGUAAAUGUAAAGUGUCUUUCUUUGACAUAAUUCUAAAUAAGCGUCUUGCAAGAAAAACUGGAAUAUUCUGUUUUGUAUGUUUAGGAUGACGCGAGUUGGACAAUAAAUAUUGUUUACUGUCUGUUGGUUUAUAAUAUAUAUCUGUUUCAACAUCUGUUUCUUUCAGUUUGACCAAAAUAUCUAGAAAAGGCACUUCAUCUUUACUGAUUUGCAUGAUGAACUUUAAGUCUUCGUGGAGUUUAUCUAGUAUUAUAUUGAAACUGUGUAAUUCCUGCCAUAAAAUAAACAUGUCAUCUAAAAACCUUUUCCAGUUAUGUAUAAAUUACUCUUUAAAUUCAGUGCCAUAUUUUUCUUCUACUUCCUUAUAUAGUUCUUCUAAAUAACCAAUAGCUAAUGUGCCCAUGGCGAUGCUUUUAAUUUGCCUAUAGAAUUUCUCAUUAUAAUGGAAAAUGUUAUUUUUCAAAAUAAAUUUUGUUGCUAAAAGUAAAAAUGUUUUCGUAAAUCUUGACGGAAUUGUUUCAGAAUGUGUAUUUAUCCAACUUUCUACUACUUUUAUUCCCAGGCGUGGGAAAUAUUUAAAUAAAAUGAUUCAACAUCUAAUGUUGUUAAAAUAAAUAGCUGAUUAGUUAUUAUUUUUUUUUGUGGUAGUGUGUUAAGAAAAUCCGUUCUGUCUCUAAUAUUGCUUUAUACGUAUUUCGUCAAUGAACGUAGUAAAAUGUCUAACAUUUUUCUUAAUCAGUGAGUUUGUAACUCGUUCUAGCAAUUAUUGGGCGUAUUUUUUUAAAUCUUUGACAUUCUUUAUUGUCACCACAUCUGAAUUUUGCAAAGAUCAUGAUUUAUUUAUCUCCUGGCUUUUAUAAACUUUUGGUAGACAUUGGAAUUCCGUUGUUUCACUCAGUGCUUUUAAGGUAGUCGUACUCUUUUAGCAAUUUUUAAAACUAUCUAUUAAUUUGAUAUAACUUAAGCAGUCUUCACAUUUUAUACUCCCGUUUGAAAAACGGGACGUAUUAUGGGAACGUCCCUGGCGGGCGGAUGGGCGGGCGGGCGGCGUCCACAGACAUUGUCCGGAGCAUAUCUUUUUCAUGCAUGGAGGGAUUUUAAUGAAACUUGGCACAAUUGUUCACCAUUAUGAGACUGAGUGUUAUGCGCAGGAACCAGGUCCCUAGGUCUAAGGUCAAGGUCAUACUUAGAGGUUAAAGAUCAAAUUCAAGAAUGGUUUUGUCCGGAGCAUAUCGUCUUCAUGCAUGGAAGGAUUUUGAUUUAGCUUGGCACAAUUGUUCACCAUCAUGAGACGGAGUGUCAUGCGCAAGAAUCAGGUCCCUAGGUCGAAGAUAAAUAGAAAAAGUGGAAACUCCACAGCAAAAACGAAAAUGUUGCAGGCUCGGUUUGAUUGAGCCUGUUCAUGGACGGUAGUGGAAAUACAUGCUACCGUCCACGCCCUCUAGCCAAGGUCACAGUUAGAGGUCAAAGGAUAUUAGAAUGAAAGUUUUGUCCGGAGCAUAUCUUCUUCAUGCAUGGAGGGAUUUUGAUAUAUCUUGGCACAAGUGUUCACCAUCAAGAGACGGAGUGUCAUGCGCAAGAACCAGGUCACUUGGUCUAAGGUCAAGGUCACACUUAGAGGCCAAAUGUCAGAUACAAAAAUGACUUUAUCCGGAGCAUUUCCUCUUCAUGCAUGGAGGGUUUUUGAUGUAACUUGGCACGAUUGUACACCAUCAUGAGACGGAGUGUCAUGCGCAGGUCCCUUCUUUAGAAUUACUUCCCUUUGUUGUUACUAUAAAUAGCUUAUAUUGUAACCUUUUCAUUACUAGUCGUAGGGAAAAAUCGAGACCACUUUUCUGUAGUACAACAUGCAUGUUACAUUCAAUUCUGAGGUGUAUUUUGACCUAUCAUUAUCUGGUUAGUAUUUUUAUGGGACUUACAUUUGUUUUUGUUUUUUUUUUUCUUUUUUUUUUAAGGUUAACUUCCCUUAGAUAUUACUAUAAAUAACUUACAUUGUAUUUUUUUUAUAAUUGACCGUAGGGAAAAACCAAGAGCACUUUUCUGUGGUAAAACAUAGAUGUAACUUUCAAAUUUUAGGUGUAUUUUAAGGUAUUACCUGGUAAGGAUUUUUUGGAAGACUUAGAAAAACAAAAGAAUUACAAUAAUUACUAAAUAAAACAUAGUAAACAACCACAAAAUUAAAAUUCCAUUUGCAAAUACAGGUGCUAAUGUAAAGAAAUUUGCUGUGACGGGCGUAUAUUGUGACAUUCUGGCACUCUUGUUGGGUCUGUGGUCAAUUAUUCAUAAUAUGUAGAGUCGUUUAGUUGUGAUUCAAUCAUCUGUUUAUAAUAUGAGGAGUCCAUGAUAACUACCGAUCCACCUUUAUCAGCCACUUUAAUAGUAAUGUAAGGAUCAUUUGCUAAUCCCUCGAUAGCCUUUCUCUCGUUUCUAGAAAUAUUAUACUUUAUUUUCUCUUUGUUGGUUUAGACAGUUGGCUAACUUGGAAAAGAGGCAUGGUUAAGAGAUCCGUAGGCAUUUUUAGUACAAUACUGUAUCAUACCUUAAAACGUUCGAUAUUCUUUCUUCUAUUCAACCAGGGUGGAUACUAGGCUCAAAAAUCCAUUUUUAUUUUUUGUGAGGUCCCAAAAGGGGACAAUUAGUUUUUUUCUCUAUUUUAAGGGAAAUUAAAGAAAAUAUUCAUUUCUAUCAUUAUUUGAUGAAGUGGGUAUCUGUUUUAGAUUAGAUUCAUUGUAAUAUGAAUAAAUAUGUUCAUCACACUAAUUAUUUUAGAAUUUGAGGUCCAUUGCAGGGUUUUUAAUAUAUUUUGAAUUUUUUGAUAGGUAUCGCAAAUUUUAGAAGUAUAUUGCUUUUACUCUAUUUGUGACAUCUCUACGAUAGUAAGGUUGAGUAUUUAAGGUUCAGGUGUGCAACAGGCAUUCUAAUACACAAAAUAAUAAAAAAGGCACCACUAUGGGUUUAUGUUAUUGUAGAAUAAUUGAUAAGCAAAUUUUAAAGUUUGUUAAAAUAAAUUGGUAAAUUGCCCUCUUCUUUCAUAUGUUGCAAAAAAACAAAGACAAAUAUCAAACAGGGAAUGCCACGCACCAAAAACGCAGCCUCCUCAAAACGAAACCCACAGCACGCAGACGCGUGCACCACACACACACACACACACACACACACACACACACACACACAGCCAACACAUUAGGACAAAACGAACAAACAAAGGAACACACACACACACAAAGCCAACACAUCAGGACAAAACGAACAAACAAAGGAACACAGUGGGGCACCGCCUUGGAACGGUCAGUGGCAAAAACACCACUGGGGAGCUUAAACCGGUUUAUGGUGCGCACCCAACCUCACUCUUACCCCCACCAUGUUCCAAAGACACGGGACAGUGUAAAUAAAAGUAAUCCCCUCCAGGUGAAUCUCUUACACACGUAAUGGAAACAAAAAGGCAUGGCAUGUAAAACACAAAAAUGCUCGUGUAUAAAUAUAUAAAAAGCAAACCUUAAGAACCAAAAACGUAUGUACUCAAUGCCUUUUCAGAAGACAGAGCAACAAGAGAAACACCCUUAAGGGCCUGACGAAACAGGCCAGAAGACAAAUAUCAAAACAGUUCAGUCCUGGUAGGAUUUAUAAACUGCUUAUCAUAGAGUCCUCCCCCUCUUCCGUCAGACACAAUCAAAGAGGGAAGCGUAGUGUCCAACUGUAAACGGGUUGAACACUAAACAUGCGGUAUGUCUCAAAACAGUUGGGUCGUAACCUCUUUUAAUAAAACGUUUUAUAAUUUUACCAAAUACAUUUGGAAAAUUACUAUGACCCAAUAUCUUACGAAUUUUGUAAACCACAUCCCCAUAAAAACGGGUUUAGCAAACCAUAAAUUUUACCACAAUA